GCAACUUUUUGCAUCAUUUUCAUUUAUCAUUAUACUACUAUUAUAUAUAGGCACAUAUUUAUGUAAUAAAUGAAGCUAACGGGGCGAGCAUGGAAAAUCUUCCUCUUCUGCUUUCAAAUUAUUCCUUGUUAUUAUUAGGCAUAGCAGGGGUUGUUUUUGUCUUCUCGGCCAUACCACCCUACACAUCAUGGCGCCGAAUGAAAUAUGAUCAUAAUAAUAAUUCUUUGGGGAAAAAGUUAUUGGCUCCGCCGGAGGUGGCGGGUGCAUGGCCGGUGUUUGGGCACCUCCGGCAGCUGAGCUCCGGGAAGCAACCACUAGUUCGAACACUGGGAGCGAUGGCUGACGAGUACGGACCCAUAUUCAGCAUCCGGGUGGGGAUGCAACGGGCAGUCAUCAUCAGCAGCUGGGAAACCGCCAUGGACUCUUUCUCCACUAACGACAAGCUCCUUGCCGAUCGCCCCCCUAAUUGCGCUGGCAAGUACAUGGGAUACGAGUACGCAGUAUUGCCUUUCGCACUUCAAGGCCCAUUCUGGCGGAGUAUGCGGAAGCUGGUGGUGGUAGAAUUGCUCUCAAACAACACUCUCGAAAAACUAAAGCCUGUUUGGAUGUCCGAAUUAGACACCAACCUCAAAGAACUCUACAAUGCCGUAGCAACAGCGGGGACAUCAAAACCAGUUAACAUGAGUGAAUGGUUCGGGCACUUGACGUUGAAUUUAAUCGUCAAACUCAUCAGCGGGAGACGAUACAAGUACAACCCAAACAAGGCCGCCGCCGCCGCCGCCGGAGACGCCGCCGAGGAGGAGGCCCGAUGUAUGACUAAAGUGUUCAAGGAAAUUAUGUUUCUCGUCGGGGAGCUGGCUCCCGGAGAUUCAUUUUUCCCGACGGGGUUGGUCAGGUGGUUGGAUUUCGGCGGCCAAAUUGCGUCCAUGAAACGAGUCUCUAAGGCUAUGGAUGAUAUCCUGGAGAACUGGAUAGAAGAUCAUAAACAGAGGAGGAGAUCCGGCGGGGAAGAGGAUGAUCGGGAUUUCAUUGACGUCAUGCUUUCUGUGAUUGACCAGAAAUUCGAGUCCGGCGGCCAUUCUUAUUCACGGGAAACCAUCAUGAAGGCAGCAUCGCUGAGUAUGUUAGAAGAUGCUGCGGACACAUUGGGCCUGAAUUUGGAAUGGGUUUUAUCCUUACUAUUGAACAACCCGCUGGCAAUGAAGAAAGCCCGAGAAGAGAUAGACACCAUAAUCGGCGGCAAUGAAAGAUGGGCCGACGAAUCCGACAUCGGAGAAAUGGGGUACCUCCAAGCCGCCGUCAAAGAAGCCAUGCGCUUAUACCCGGCCGCGCCUCUAUUAGUUCCCCACAGAGCCAUAGAAGAUUGUACCGUCGGUGGGUACACGGUCGCGAAGGGCACCGUUCUGUACGCCAACGCCUGGAAGAUACACCGGGACCCGCGGGUUUGGCCGGAGCCGGAGAAGUUCUCGCCGGAGAGAUUCCUCGGGGCGGGAAGUCUGGAUGAUCGAGAGGCUGCUCCGGGUAGGCAUUUUGGGUUCAUUCCGUUCGGGAUCGGGAGACGGUCGUGUCCCGGAAUGUCGUACGCGAAGAAAGUGACACAUCUCACCAUUGCCCGUUUGCUUCAGGGGUUUGACGUCACAACUCCGGGGAAUGUUCCGGUGGACAUGGGGGAGGGGCAAGCCACCACCCUGCCUAGAGCGACUCCAUUGGAAGUGCAUAUUACUCCCCGUCUACCUUCUUCUUUUUAUCGAUUAGUAGUUUAAGGGUCAAAUACAUAAAUGGUACUUAACUAUUGAGAUUGUUGUGGUUUGAUAUGUUAACUCCUAAAUGAAUCAAAAUAAUACCUUAAUUAUGCAUAAAUAUUUCAAAUUAAGAUUUUGUACAAAUUUGCGGUCAAAAAAUUACACGAGGUGGCCGGAAUUCUAUGCGUAAAGUCUAUCUACUUCACAUUAUUUUUUCCAUAUGAUCACUGUAGGGUGACUCUACACAUGAAAUUUUGAUCGUCAUGAGGAAUUUCUUUGCCGCAAAUUUGAAUAAAAUCUCAAGUUUGAAACAUUUGUGUAUAGUUAUGGUACUGAUUUGAUUCAUUUAAGAGUUAAGAUAACAAACUGCAACAAUAACAAUAGUUAUGGUAUCAUUUAUGCAUUUGACCCUAGUUUAAGUGGCAAGACGCUUCUGGUGUGUUUCAUUAUCAAGUUAUAUUUGGAUGCAAGUGUGUACCUUCCUGAAUUGGUGUCGGCACAAUCUGCCAUGUUUAUUUGCAAAAGAAAAAAAAAAUUGUACACUUGUUUAUUUUUUCUGCCAUGUUUAUUUGCUUAUCAUAAGAAGGGUGGAGCUAGGUGUACACAAAAUUUGUACACAAAUUUUGUACACUUGUUGUCCCUCACAUAUAAGUUGUCUGUCCGGAGAUGAGUUGUCUGUGGACUUGUCUGUCAUCCCUUUUAAUUAUUUCAGACUUUGUGUACCUCAUCCAAUUUGUAUAAUUUUUUAAUAUUCAUGUCUUUUGAAGGUCAACAAACUUCUCUGGUUGACGGUACAUUCCUAGAAGCCCUUCAAUGCUCAUAGUCUUGUUUUAU